CGUAAAAUAAAUUUAUAUUAAUUUAAUUGAGAUCUAAAUAAAUAAUGUUUUUGAUCAUUGCUUUGAUUUGUAUAAUUUAUCACUCGGCCGCCGCCGACACCCAGGAGGUGCAGGAAUCCCAACAAUACUAUAGGAUCUCUAUGGUAUCAUCACAUGAGAACCCCGGCAGUCCCGCCCUGUUCGUGCACGGAGAGAGUCCCGUGUGGGACCCCGAGCUGCAGAGUCUGUACUUCGUCGACGUUCGCGACAGUAACGUGCAUCGACUCGACUACGUGUCCGGCAAGAUUUAUACUAAACAUAUCAACUACGGUGAAGUGAACGUGGUGUCCCUGGUAGCGAGCUCCCACCGGCUACUGAUAGCCGUGCGCUCCUCGCUGUACCUGCUCGACUGGGCCAUCGCUGGCGACGCAGCACUAAGGCUGCUGACUACUGUCGACGUCGGUCUACCUGACAAUGUUAUCAGUGAAGGAAAACCCGACGCUGAAGGGAGGUUUUGGACAGGUACAAGAGGCCCGCAAACAGGUGACGACGUGGUGCCGGACAAGGCGACGUUCUACAGCGUGGAACAAGAACGGUUCACGCAACCCCGCAUCCAACUGCGGCCGGUCUCCGUCUCGAACGGCAUCGUCUGGUCCCUCAACAAUACAGUGCUGUACUACAUCGACUCGCCCACGCAGAAAAUUGAAGCCUUCGAUUUUGAUCUACAAAGAGGAGACUUGUCUGGCAGAAGGACGGUGAUAGACAUAACGACCAUCGGGUACGAGGACGCGAUCCCUUACGGCAUGACCAUCGACAGCAGCGGGAACCUGUGGAUAGCGCUCAUGUUUGGCGGCACUGUAUUACACGUGGACCCAGACACAAGACAAUUAGUAUUCGGGUACAAGUUACCCGUGUCCCGAGUGACGUCAGUGUGUUGGGGCGGGCCCAACCUGGACGAGUUGUUCGUGACGACUGCUCGAGACAACUUGGAUGCCGCUGCGGAGCCGCUAGGGGGCGCUAUAUUCACGAUACGAGGCACUGGAAGUCGUGGCGUCGAACCUCAUACCUUCCGAUUCGAUAACGCAGAUUUUUACUGAUCAAAUUUGUAUUUAAGAUUAAAUAAAGUAGUAUUUUUGUA